AUGGCCGAUAGCGUCGAUACGCGAGAGGCCAGCGCGCCGGCAGAACAAACCCCUCACGUUGCUGCGCCUGCUCAGCCGCACGUCGUGCCUUCUCAUUAUCCUCCUCAAGAAGUCGAAGCCUCCAGGGCAAGCUCCCUGAGCUCACUACGGUCGAGCAUUCGCCAGUAUCGGAAAGAGAAUGGGCGGAGGUACCACGCUCUCAGCGAUGGAACUUAUAUCCUGCCCAACGACGAGCGCCAACAAACAGACCUCACACAUCACCUUUGGCGCUUGACGUUUGACGGCAAGUUGUGCAUGUGCCCAAAGGUCAUGGGCGCCAAGGCGGUCCUGGAUAUCGGAACCGGGACUGGCAUUUGGGCGAUAGACUACGCCGAAUCGCAUCCCUCAGCAACCGUUGUUGGCGUCGAUUUGAGUCCUAUUCAACCUGGUUUUUUCGAAGUCGACGAUAUCGAAAAGGACUGGACAUGGUCCACGAAAUUCGACUUCAUUCACAUCCGACACAUGAACUCGGCUAUCGCGGAUUGGGAAAGGCUUCUCAGACAAGCCUAUGACAACCUCGAACCAGGAGGCUACGUCGAAAUGACGGACAACUGCUUCCCCCUCCAAUGCCAAGACGGCACAAUGGACCCCAAGUCCCCCGUGGCCGAGUGGUCGACCCUCCUCAUGGAGGCCUGCGACCGCAUGGGCCGUCCCGUCACCGUCCCCGCGCUCUUCAAGAACCUGCUCCUCCGCGCCGGCUUCGUCGACGUGGUCGAGGCCCACCGCAUCUGGCCGCUGCACGACUGGCCCAAGAACGACCACCUCAAGGAGAUUGGGCGCUAUUCGCAGGAAAGCAGCCUGCAGGGGUGCGAGGCGUCGGCGCUGGCGCUCUUCACGCGCGUACUGGGGUGGACGCGCGACGAGACGUUGGUGUUUUGCAGCGGGGUGAGGAAGGAUUUGCAUAAUCGGAAUAUUCACGCGUACUGGGAUAUAUACUGCGCUUUUGGUAGGAAGCCUUUUGAUGAGCCGUCGUCUGAGUCGGAACCGGAAUCGGAGCAAUGA